UGAGCAAACAUUUCCAGCUGCACUGCACUGGCUGCAUUUUUUCCUCUCUUUAAAGCCCUGUUUUGUCACUGUCACUGACUUAUCGCUCAGUCACGCGUCUCACUCGCAGUGAGUCAGACAGACAGACAGUGAGACAGACAGACAGACAGACAGACUCCGAUCUGUGUCCGUAUAAAUGAGAGGUGGAUCUGCGGGUUUACGCUGCACGUUCAGGGCAAGUUGGGGGAUUUUUUCCUGCCUUUCCAUCGUGGUUUCACUUUCUUCUCACGCGGUGAGUUGGUGCGAUCAGUGCGAGCUGGGAUCCUUUCGACAGAGAGAUCAGGAAAACGGUAGAUCAGCAGUCAUGGCCACAGUCAGUAGAUCAAACACAGUUUUUGCCUUGGAGCUGCUUCGCACUCUGAGCCAAGGAAACCCCAGUGGGAACAUCUUCGUCUCUCCACUGAGCAUCAGCUCAGCCAUGGCGAUGGUGUACCUGGGAGCUAAAGGAGACACUGCUGCUCAGAUGGCACAGGCCCUUGCUUUCAGCUUGGAUACUGAUGUUCAUGCAGACUUCCAGACACUUAAUGCUGACAUCAACUCCCCAUCUGCAUCAUACAUCCUGAAACUGGCCAAUCGUCUUUAUGGAGAAAAUACUGCCAACUUCCUCCCAACAUUCCUUGACGCCACACAGAAGCACUACCAGGCAGACCUGAGGGCUGUUGAUUUCAUCGGGGCUUCAGAGGCGUGCAGAGCCGAGAUCAACAGCUGGGUUGAGGAGCAGACAGAAAAUAAGAUAAAAGACCUUCUAAAGCCAGGAUCAGUCAGCUCAAUGACAAGACUGGCUCUGGUCAACGCCAUCUACUUCAAGGGAAACUGGAUGAACCGCUUUGAUGAGGCAAACACCCAAGAGAUGCCCUUUAAAGUCAACCAGAAUGAGACUAGGCCAGUCCAGAUGAUGUACCAGAUGAAGAAGCUACCCUACAACUACAUCCCUGACCAUGGCCUGCAGGUCCUGGAGCUGCCCUAUGUAGAUGAGGAGCUCAGCAUGUUCAUUUUGCUACCUGAGGUGCCUGAAGAUGGCUCUGACCCUCUUCUGAAGCUGGAGAACGAGCUCACGCGAGAGAGGCUGGACGAAUGGACCAACAGGGACAACAUGGACAUUCACACAGAAAUAUUUGUUUACCUGCCAAAGUUUAAGCUGGAGGAAGACUACGAGCUGAAUGAGCCUCUGGCUAAACUGGGCAUGACAGACGUGUUCUGUGGGCCAAAGGCUGAUCUCUCUGGUAUGAAUGGCCAACAAGGACUCUUCCUCUCUACUGUGGCCCACAAGGCUUUUGUGGAGGUGAAUGAGGAGGGCACAGAAGCAGCUGCAGCCACCGCUGGCAUGGUCGCAUUUUGCAUGCUUAGGGAGGAACACUUCAAAGCAGAUCACCCGUUCCUCUUCUUCAUCAGACACAAUAAGACCAAGUCCAUCCUGUUCCUUGGCAGGUUCUCUUCUCCUCAGUAGACACAACCAGCAGAAGGAAAUGGUGGACCAUUUCAAAUAAAAAAAAUCUUGAAAAAAAUAAUAUAAAUGAAGCCUUUAUUUCAUGUGAUGUUUUGCUAUGCUAUUUUAAGAACUAUAUUUUGUCUGCUUUUGCACUAAAAUAAUAGGUGUAGCUAUUCAAACACUCACUUAAAAGAUUUCAUUUAUUUUAAGAUUCAGUUAUUGGGUUGUUCUUUGUAUUAAUCAUUUACAUUCAUUUCAUGCUUUGUGUUAAUUUUGACUCAAAGAAUGAAUUAAACUUAAAAAAAAUCAAAAUAUACAUAAUGGUAAUGGUGUAUUUUUUUUUUUUUUGCUUCCAUUGUAAAAGAGUGGAAGUCAUUUUACAGGCAUUUCUUUAAUACUGUCACUGCUAUUAAAAAUGAGAAGUGAAACAUC